AUGGAGUUGAUUUCUCUUCCUCUAGUUCUCUUGCUGAUUUCAAACAUCCACUCAGAAACAACUGCAGAUAUUAAACCAACUUUAACUGUGGAUCCACAUACGCCUGUGUUCAUUGGAGACACAGUUACUCUGAUCUGUGAGGUUCAUCAGUUCACUGGAUGGGAGUUUAUCUUUACCAAACCUCCAGACACCAAAUACUAUGAAACUAUAGGAACUAAAACAAUCACAUCUGUGGAAAUCCAUAAUGGAGGAGAGUACAAGUGCAUAGCCAGAAGAGGAAACCCUCAGGUUUACACAAAAUACAGUGAACCAAUAACAGUGACAAUACAGGAAAGACCAACACCUCAAGUGUCUGUUUGGCCUGCUGAUCAUGUAUUCAGAGGAGAAACUGUCAAUCUAAGAUGUGUCAUCAAUGGAGGAGGAGUCAGCAGCUGGCAGUACAGCUGGUAUAAAGAUGAUUCAAUCAUCCAGCAGAAUAAACUUCAGUAUUACACAAUCAGAUCUGUUACUGAGUCUGACGCAGGUAAAUACACCUGUAGAGGAACAGAGACCAGAGGAUCACGAUACUCACACAUCAGUAAUGCAGUUACACUGACAGUAUCAAAUAAACCACAGACAGUUUUAAGUGUUUCUCCACACCGGUGGUUGACUGAAGGAGAUUCAGUGACUCUGAUGUGUGAGGUUAUAAAUUCAUCUACAGGCUGGACAUUCAGCUGGUUCACUGUACAGAUGAAUAAAGAUGUUGAUUAUGAGCUGGUGUCAAACAGCAGUGGAGGAUCUAAAGGCAUCUACACAGUGAGUUCAGUGACUGUGAAGCACACAGGAGUUUAUAUGUGCAGAGCAGAGAGAGGAGAUCCAGUCUAUCACACAAAGUACAGUAACACACAAACACUGUGGAUCACUGGUGUUUCUCCUUCAGUCUCUCUGAUCAUCAGACCCAACAGAUCUCAACACUUCUCAUCUGAAUCUCUCUCUCUGAGCUGUGAGGAUCACAGUAAAUCUACUGGAUGGACAGUGAGAAGAUACACAGAAGAUGAACUGAAACUGUGCUCAUCAGGAACAACAUCUACAUGUACAAUCAGAUCUCUCUACACAUCUGAUUCUGGAGUGUACUGGUGUCAGUCUGAAUCUGGAGAGAAACUUCAUCCUGUUAAUAUCUCUGUAUACAAUGCUGAUGUGAUUCUGGACAGUCCUGAUCACCCUGUGACUGAAGGAGAUCCUCUGACUUUACGCUGUUUAUAUCGAGAUAAAAAACCCUCUAACAUGAGAGCUAAAUUUUAUAAAGAUGGAUCAAUGGUGCAGACAGGAGACAUGCUGAUCAUCCCUACAGUCUCAAAGUCACAUGAGGGUUUCUACUACUGUAAACACCCAGAGAGAGGAGAGUCUCCAAAGAGCUGGAUCUCAAUCAGAGGUGAGAGUGUUUUUCAGGAGAUGUUUGGGCUCAAGAUUUUCACUUAUCUGCUGGCAGUUUGUCCAUAUCUGUUAGCGACAGUUGUUCUGGUUUUUAAAUGCUGUAGACUGAGAGGUGAAACAUCUGUCUGAUUUAUUGGGUCAUUAUACAAAUUAGUCUGUCUUGUCAUGAUCACUGAAUGUGGCUGGAUUAUAGCUGGAUAAAAUAACAUUAAUGUCUGUAUGAUAGACGAGUUGUGUUGAAUUUGUUGUGGCCUCUUGAAUUUUUGUAGCAUCUUUCACUUUAUUAGUGACGCUUCUCUCUCUGUCUGUAGAUCCUUUGAUUUAGAUUUUUCUAAUGUUUCUUCCUUAUCUACUUAAAGUGCCCUAAUUUCAUUGCUAAAAAAAACAUUAUUUUUGUAUAUUUAGUAUAAUACAAUGGGCUCUAUC